GGAGUUUGCUUUGGGAGCAGACAGAGUCCUCAGAGGGAGGGACCUCCUCUGCCUCCCAUCAAAGCUAUAAAGGAGCUCCAGUUGGAGGCUGCAGCCAGCUCACUGAGACGUGCUGAUGAGCGGGCGGCAGGGCUUGUGUUGAGGAGAGAGUCCAUCUGAGAAAAAAAAAAAGAAAAACCUUCAAGACUUGCUUGGGUGCAAGCGGGAGGCUGAUCCCACAGGAGGAGGAGGGAGCAGAGAGAAGAGGCAGGAGGGUGAGGAAGAGUCAGAGAGACGCGCAUCAGAGCGGUGGAACAGGUUCCCUCUGCAGCCCCUCCAGCCCCAGCAGACAUGCCUAACUUUGCCGGCAACUGGAAGAUGCGGAAGAGUGAGAAUUUUGAUGAACUUCUCAAAGCCCUGGGCGUGAACGCCAUGCUGAGGAAGGUGGCCGUGGCGGCGGCCUCCAACCCUCAGGUGGAGAUCCGUCAGGAUGGAGAUCAGUUCUACAUCAAAACCUCCACCAGCGUGCGCACCACCGAGAUCAACUUCCACAUCGGGGAGGAGUUUGAUGAGGAGACGGUGGACGGGCGGAAGUGCAAGAGUCUCGCCAUCUGGGAGUCAGAGAACAAGAUUCACUGUCAGCAGACCCUGGUGGACGGCGACGGCCCCAAGACCUACUGGACCCGCGAGCUGAACGGGGAUGAGCUCACACUGACGUUUGGUGCAGAUGACGUGGUGUGCACGAGGAUCUACGUGCGAGAGUGAAGCUCAACGAUCUCAAGCUGUCAUUGAAUCCAUCCUAACCGUCUGCUAACAUGUUUACCGAGCGUCCUGUGUAAUCUCUCAGCAUCACUCAUAUUAGAUUCCACAUGCAGCGAGCUGAACCUGGUUAUCUGUAGUGAUCAUUGUGUCCGUAGCAGUAGCAGGAUACGUCAGUGUCCUUCCAUUUAUGCAACCCUGAUGACAGCUGUUUCUGUCCGAUUUAGGAGUCAACACAAGUGUUCAUGAACAGUGAAAACAAUAAAAUUGGAACAAACCCUUA